CGCAGUUUUCCGCAGUGAAGACUCGAAUUUCGCAGCUGGUGGGUAAGGAUCAAUCUCACCAAAGAUUUGAAGGAAGCUGCAAGUAUGAUCUUACGACUGCAUUUUCUAGCACUGGUUUCGGUGCUACACUCUGCAGUUGGUCGCAAUGUCCCAAACUCAAAUGAUGAGGAGUCUUGUAUACAUCUCUGCUCCGCAUGCCAAGGAGUAGCAGUCUUUGACAAUGGACAAUGUCAGUGUCACAUCGGAGGAGACAGUGAAAAAGGUGCUGAAUGCAUUGCUCGAAUAAAAAGAGAAACGGAGGAGUUAGAUAUGCAGUUAGUGCCUGCGGAUCCUGAAGAUAUAGACCGCCCUACUCGUUGUUUGGCAUCGGGACUCACAGGAUCAUCGCACCAUCUUUGGACUCCAGGAGAUGUGGACCGAGUUGCUAAAUACUUUAUAGGCGACGGUCCUGUAUUAGGCCUGUCACCGUUCCUCGAAGCAACAGGCACCGAGGAGGAACCGUGUGUUUCUAUGGCACAGAAGAGGCCCUCAGGGGCAAGAAAGUCAGAUUCUCAGAUUAUCGGUUCGAAAGCUCCUGCAGCAGGAAGGAGUGGUUACAAUACUGCUUCGAAUAUCAUGUCAAAUGCCCCAACAUCUGGCACAAGAUAUCCAACAAUGGGCACUAAUUCUGCAGCCACAGCCAAAAAUCCUUCGGUUGGCUCGAGCAGACCAGUUAACCCUAUGAUUGGUGCACCGAACUCACUCUGUAUAAAGUUGCGAGGCACAGAUCCAUUGGCAACUAACCCUCUGCAAAGGUUUGGUCCAGCAUCAAAUCCUUUAACCGGAGCUCAGCAUUCACCAUUGAUUAGACCGAUGCACAUGCCUCUCAACCAUUUGCCACAUCUUACACUUCAUCGUCCGAUACUUAAUAGCGAAGCACGAUUUCCAUCCAGAGCAUUGCAUCUUCCAUCCACAGAAAACUUACAAAGUACAUUGAAAGACCUCUCUCACGUGGUAGGAAGUCAGUUAGAAGGCCUAGCGAGAGCUGUGCAUGCCUACGGAGAUCAGGCAGCUCAUAAACCGGCCACUGCUCCGGCACAUCUUCUGGCUAGUCCCAAGUAUGAUAAACCAUCGGAACCAUCAUGCAUAGGAGCACCAUCUCCAACUAACGAUAUCGUAGGAGCUCUUCGGUCAAGUCAUCCUGUAGUUCAACCUGUGCAACCUAUACAACCCAUUCAACCCAUUCAACCCAUUCAACCUUUAUCGCUUCAUCACAUUCCAAUUUUGGGAGCAAUAAGCUCACUUCUGUCGGGAUAUAAUUUCCCGUACAGUAACUACAGUCCCGAUGUAGGAUCACCUAGGUACAUUGUCGGAGCUCCUGAAGCACCCGAAGCGUCGGCCUGUCCAAGUGCAAGCCCUCAGAUUGAACGCAGUUCAAAAGUAAAAAUGUAUCGAAACGCAGACUCUGCUGACCAGAACGUUGGUAGCAGACAACUGAAAAAAUCAAGAACGCGUGACGUGGAUGACGAUAAGAUAAAAAUUGCUGCCACUUUGCCUGAAAAGCCAUCGAUGCCUGAAAGGAAGAAUUACGAAAAAUCAUCAAAAAAUGAAAGCACGUCGCUUCGACAGAAGCCUAAAGAAGCUAAACCUAAAGCUGCCGACCUUACUUUAGAAGAUGAACAGAGUGAAUCUAAGGAGAGUGCGACAGUAUCCAGGAAUACAAGGAAGAUUCUUCCAAUACUUCCAACACUGUCUUUAAGAAUAUAAUGUAAUUUAAGUGACAUUAUUGAUAGUGUAA